AGCUUUUCGGCUGUUUCUUCCCCAGUGGAGCUGAGUCUGCGGCUCAGGAGCUUCUCGCUUUGCCCUGUCUCCCAUUCUGGAUGCACGGAUAAAAGAAUAAAGUCUCUAUGCAACUCAGCCCCGCGCCUGGACUUUCUCAGGCAUAACCCCUCUCCCCGACAUCUGGACCGUGUGUGGGAGAGAAUCAGAGACACCUGCUUACAGAAGAAAGGGCUGCAUCCGAAGUCACCUGUGUGUAUAUCUGCCUGUGUGUGGGAGGGUGGUGCCAGCUGCAGGUGAGAGCUUGGGUAGAUUCAUUUCACGGAGACUGGUGGACUGUUGUAUUUAUUACUAUUAUUUUAAAUUUCUGAGUACCUGACUCUGAGGAUUGGCUGAUUCUCUCAGAAUUGUGUCUUCAGCAAUAUCCCUACUUUUGAAGUUGCAGCAUUCAUCUGUACCAGGUUCUUAAUCAGUAGUAUUUUCUUCCUGGGAAGGAAGAGAAGGGGAACUUGUGGCUAAUUUUGUGGUCACACAGUAAAAGCCUCCCCACCUUCUCCCAGCACCUCCCCAGAAGGAACCAUGGCUGCAGGAGUAGCAGCAUGGCUGCCCUUUGCUCGGGCAGCAGCUAUAGGCUGGAUGCCUGUGGCCACAGGACCCAUGCCAGCACCCCCCAGGCAGGAGAGGAAGAGGACUCAAGAUGCUCUCAUUGUCCUGAAUGUGAGUGGCACUCAGUUCCAGACAUGGCAGGAUACCCUGGAACGUUACCCAGACACACUGUUGGGCAGCUCAGAGAGGGACUUCUUCUACCACCCUGAGACCCAGCAGUAUUUCUUUGACCGUGACCCUGACAUCUUCCGCCAUAUCCUGAACUUCUACCGCACUGGCAAGCUCCAUUACCCAAGACAAGAGUGCAUCUCUGCCUAUGAUGAAGAAUUGGCCUUCUUUGGCCUCAUCCCAGAGAUUAUUGGUGACUGCUGUUAUGAGGAAUAUAAGGACCGUAGGCGGGAGAAUGCAGAAAGGCUACAGGAUGAUGCUGACAAUGAAAAUACAGGGGAGAGUGCUCUGCCUUCAAUGACUGCUCGGCAGAGGGUCUGGAGGGCCUUUGAGAACCCCCAUACCAGCACCAUGGCCCUGGUAUUCUACUAUGUCACUGGGUUCUUUAUUGCUGUCUCAGUCAUUGCUAAUGUUGUAGAGACAGUGCCAUGUGGAUCUAGUCCUGGCCACAUCAAGGAGCUGCCAUGUGGUGAGCGCUAUGCUGUAGCCUUCUUCUGCCUGGACACAGCCUGUGUGAUGAUAUUCACUGUUGAGUACCUGUUGCGCCUGGCUGCGGCACCCAGCCGCUAUCGUUUUGUACGUAGCGUCAUGAGCAUUAUAGAUGUGGUAGCCAUCCUGCCUUAUUACAUAGGGCUAGUGAUGACUGACAAUGAGGAUGUUAGCGGGGCCUUUGUCACAUUGCGGGUUUUCCGAGUCUUCCGGAUCUUUAAGUUUUCCCGCCAUUCCCAGGGCCUUCGGAUCCUGGGCUACACACUCAAGAGUUGCGCUUCAGAGUUGGGGUUCCUGCUCUUCUCUCUCACCAUGGCUAUCAUCAUCUUUGCUACUGUCAUGUUCUACGCAGAGAAGGGGUCUUCAGCCAGCAAAUUCACCAGCAUUCCUGCUGCUUUCUGGUAUACCAUCGUCACCAUGACAACACUAGGGUAUGGUGACAUGGUACCAAAGACCAUCGCUGGAAAGAUUUUUGGUUCCAUCUGUUCCCUGAGUGGUGUCUUAGUCAUUGCUCUGCCUGUUCCUGUGAUCGUCUCCAACUUCAGUCGAAUCUAUCACCAAAAUCAACGAGCUGAUAAACGGAGGGCACAGAAGAAAGCAAGGCUUGCGAGAAUCCGGGCAGCCAAGAGUGGAAGUGCCAAUGCUUAUAUGCAGAGCAAACGAAAUGGAUUACUUAGUAACCAGCUCCAGUCCUCUGGAGAAGAUGAACAGGCCUUUGUUAGCAAAUCUGGCUCUUGCUUUGAAACCCAGCACCACCACCUGCUUCACUGUCUGGAAAAAACUACGAAUCAUGAAUUUGUGGAUGAACAAGUUUAUGAAGAGAGCUGCAUGGAAGUUUCAACAGUCAACCGCCCUUCAAGUCACAGCCCUUCUCUGUCAUCACAACAAGGUGUCACCAGCACUUGCUGCUCAAGACGACACAAAAAAACUUUCCGGAUCCCAAAUGCCAACGUAUCAGGGAGCCGCCAAGGCAGUGUACAAGAACUCAGUACUAUCCAAAUCAGGUGUGUGGAGAGAACACCUUUAUCUAACAGCCGAUCCAGUUUAAAUGCCAAAAUGGAAGAGUGUGUUAAACUAAACUGUGAGCAACCUUACGUGACUACAGCAAUAAUAAGCAUACCGACGCCUCCAGUAACGACCCCUGAAGGAGAUGACAGGCCAGAAUCUCCAGAGUACUCAGGAGGAAACAUUGUCAGAGUAUCUGCUUUGUAAAACAAUUGGAAUAAGGACAGAGGGCAAUUGAGUCCUGACUGCGAAAGGGUUCUAAAGAGGAAGAUGGAAGAAACAUCCAAUCUUUUACAAAUUAAACAGCAAAUGGAAGACCGCUUGGUAGCAAAACCAAACAUUGUUUCCAAACUUAAGGAUGUGCAUAAAAAGCCACCAAAUGGCAUUUCUGGGCAUAAAGUUUGACCUAUUCUACAGCUACAGCGGAAUAAUCUGUGAUCCUUUGACUUUACAAAUGAGCACAAUGAAAUGCCUCCC